AUGCCUUGUCAAAGGACCUCAGGCUACGGGUUGUUGAGUAAUAAUUCAGAAGUGAUCUGUUUCUCAGAUGGAGAGCUUUAUACGGGGACGGUGGCAGACUACAGGGGGAACCGGCCAGUCAUCUCCCGGCACCUCAGUGAGGGCCGGCGUGUUGACCUGAAGUUGGAUGAUACAUUAGGAUGGCUGGAGGAUCCAACCUUCAUCAGAUCCAGUUUCAUUCCUGAUGAGGAGAAAAUCUACUUCUUCUUCAGUGAAGUGGGCAGAGAAUAUGACUUCAUCGACAAAUUUAUUGUUUCUCGUGUCUCUCAGAUCUGCAUGAGUGAUGUUGGAGGUCAGCGGACCCUGCAGCGACGCUGGACAACAUUUGCCAAAGCUCAGCUGUUGUGCCAGGCUGACAAUGAGCUGCCCUACAAUGUGAUCCAGGACAUAGACACCCUCCCACCAGCAGAGGGGGCCCCUGCAGAUGACACACUCUUUUAUGGCAUCUUCACUUCCCAGUGGUCUGUCAAUUCUGGACGGUCAGCAGUGUGUUCAUUUCGCCUGACUGACAUCAAAUCAGUUUUCUCUGGUAACUACAAAGUCCUAAACCGGGACACAUUACAAUGGAGCACACGGGUUCAAGAAAAGGUUGCAAAUCCAGGAGAGUGUGGACUGCACAACGCAUCUGACAACGCCCUGCGCUUUGUCAAAGAAAACUUCCUAGCAGAUGACAGUGUGCGACCAGUUGGAAGAAGUCCGACUAUGUUAUCUGCUGAGCACAACUACAGCCAUCUGACUGUCCAGAGAGUCCUGGCUGCCAACAACAGAGACUACACUGUCCUGUUUCUGCUUACAGAGUCUGGUUACCUACACAAAGCUGUCCUGCUACAGAGUGGGGCCCACAUCAUAGAGGAGGUCCAGGUUUUUGAGCAGCCUCAACCUGUCAAGAGCCUGAAGCUCUCCAUACCAAAGGGUAUGAUAUAUGUUGGCACGUCAGAGGGUGUGGUGAGUGUUCCAACAGCCAACUGCUCUUUCUACUGGACCUGUCCUCAGUGUGUUCUUGCCCGAGAUCCCUUCUGUGGUUGGGACCCUGCCAGCAGGGCCUGUGUGGAGGCCUCCAACACCCAUGCCAGUCUAUGCCAGGACAUAGACGGAGGAAAUGUUGAAGAGGCAUGCAACACUGUUUCAUUUACACACAGAGCCAGAUUUGGUCCAAACAAACUGCCUGCAGGAGAACUGGUGUCAGUGUCUUUGAAUGAAGUGGUGCGGCUGCAGUGUCAGGCGGCGUCGCAGCUCUCCCAGCAGCUAUGGGAGCGUCCAAACAGCCGGCUGUCUUCAGACUUGUACCUACACCUGGAGGAUGGGAGUUUGAGCUUUGUGGCAUCCCCCGCCACACUGGGUCACUACCUUUGCCUGUCCACUGAGAAUGGCUACCAACAAACUAUGGCCAUCUUUCAUGUCAAACAGAAGAGCAGCACCAUGACUCAAAUUCCAACCAGGUACACCUGGCCUGAGGCACACCACAUACCGACAACAAAGAGUGUGGCCAGGCCUUUGCCUGGACUGCAUACCUCUUUGGGGACUUGGCCUAAAACAACAGAAACAAGACAAGGAGAGACACUGUCCAACAGGGACACUCAAGUCACCACCAGACAGCGGGGCAGAAACGUGACCCUGUGGACAGAUGAAUCUGGGCAGAAAGAGGCAGAGUUCCGGGAUGGGGAGCCCCUGCUGUCGGCCCGAACACGCUGCUACCUUAAGGAGCUGGUGGUUGUGUCAGUUCUGCUGGUGCUCUGCCUCAGUCUGCUAAUCACCAUGCUUCUGUACGUCAUCAGACAGCGCUGUCGCAGCCGAACGGCCCCGCAGGCAGUAACUCCAACUAGAGAAUCUGACAGAAGGACCCCUGUUGAGCAGGAGGCUCUCAAGGGGAACAGGUUUCUGAGCAAAUGCAAUGAACAGGCUAGUGGGCUAGUUUGUAAUGGGGCACUCACAGGCUCUAAUGGGCAUUUGCCUAACACCCCCAUCUGAACAGUCUCUGAGAUCAGAGGGGAGGAAAGGCCAUUCCAGGUACCAGAAUUACCAUGGUGAUAGUCAGUCAGCUCAGUGGGAGGUUCUGUUUGCACAGCCAAUGAGACAGUACAAACACUGUGGACUCUGAUCCUGAUGGGUAAGAUUUGGAUCUAAUAGGAUGAAAGACAAUCUUUCCAUCGUACUUAAAUGCAGACACAUAACUGAUGGGAUGAGACUUUUUCUUGUUGCCAGACACUGAAACACAUGUCCACUGUCCGAAAUGUUUUCACUUACUAGACAGUAACACUUGAGACCAAAAGGUACAAGCUGAUCCAAUACAGCUGGUUCUUUAAACAUUUUUAUAGACUAGUGAGUGUUUGAUGCAAAGCCAGUGACCGCCAAAGAUAUAUUUUUUUUUUUUAUUGGACCAUUGCAUUUUCAAGAGUUCAUUCAAAACAUACAUGAACAAAAUGUUGGCUUUUGAAGGGAUUGUUCAGAUGUUUUCAACUGGGGUUGUAUUAGUUACCUCUCCAUAGUCAGUAUAUGGAGUUUGAAGAAACAGACGGCAGUACCAGCAAGGAAGCGAUGCACUGCUGCAAGGGGGCAGCAGCAAAACAUAUUUUAGACACCUAAAAAUAAUAUUUUGUUACAGGGAACUGAACUGAAAGAGAAACGUGUAUAUAUACUAUCUUGGUCUUGUGGCUUUGAAGAAAGUCUAGAUUUCUCUUCAGUUGCCCUCCAACAAUAUUCUGAAUAUAGCAUACACUGAAACUGAUAUUACAUUUGUUGGUGUCUAAAAUAUGUUUCGCUGUUGCCCCUGUCCACAACAGUACAUUGCUUUGUACUCCUGUCUGUUUCUCCAAAUUCCAUCUACUUGAAGGUAAUACACUGACUAUGGAGAAGUAGCUCAUACAACCUCCCUUCAAAACAUCACAACUAUUGCUUUAAAUUGUCCUCUCAUUCCAAACAGGGAGGUGGGUCCCUGCUCAUUUGCUUUGGCAAUUUAUAUACAUUUUAUACAAACUGAUUUUGCAGGAAAGAUAAUUAACUGGUCGGAAAGGGCCGCAGAGCUCAGACCAGUAGGCUUGUUUAUCUUUUGUUUGUGCGAUGGUAUUACACACAUAAUGGGAACAUGCUUUGGCUAUAGUUGACAUGAUGCUUAUCACUUAUUUCCUGUGCAUCAUACACAAUGGGCCAUUUGGACACAUCAGUAAACCUGUAGCCAUAACCUCUUUUGUGAUGACACAGUGCUGUCACUCAGUGUUUUUACAUGCACUUCAAUAAAGAGGUUACUGUCAGCUUUC